GGCGUCACUUCCGGGAUGCGCGGCUGCUGCUUUUGGUCUGCGCGUUUGUUUUCUUGCUCAUUCGCCUGUCACCGGGCUCGGGGUCUGGAGCUUCUUUCCUGCUUGCAACAAUGGAUGAAGCAGUUCCUGAUGCUUCUGAGAAGCUGAUAGUCAUCCACUCACAAGUUCACAGAGAUACUGUUCUGACUAACUUUGAAGAGCAGAGGAAAAAAGAUUUCUUGUGCGAUAUCACUUUAAUUGUAGAAAAUGUUCACUUUAGAGCACACAAAGCUUUACUUGCUGCCAGCAGCGAAUAUUUCUCCAUGAUGUUUGUUGAUGAGGGGGAGAUCGGCCAGUCAAUUUAUAUGCUAGAAGGAAUGGUGUCAGAUGCUUUUGGUGCACUGUUAGAAUUUAUCUACACUGGCUCUCUACAAGCUAGUGAAAAAAGUACAGAGCAAAUUUUAGCCACGGCUCAUCUCCUGAAAGUAAAUGAUUUAGUAAGGGCAUACACGGAACAACAGAAGAAUUUAAGUUUGAAUAGCAUGUUAUCGGCCAUGCCUAAUAAUGGGGCCACGGUAGCUGUCUUGGCAAAUGACAAGAAAAGCAAAGAUCCACCAAAGCGAAAACGUGGGAGACCAAGAAAAGUAAAGAAUAACCAGGAGGAAAAGCUUGGGGCAUCUGCUGAAGAUGCACAGUUAAGAGAGAACAACUCUGUUCAUAACAAGCAAAAUUUUAUGAAGGACACUGUGGUGGGAGACAGAGACUCCAAUAAGGGGAUUCCUGUAAGCAGAGAAGCAAGAGAAACAGAGCAUGCUUGUAGUUCAGAUGUUGUAGUGAGUGUCUCCACUGAAAAAGAUGAGAAUUAUGAUCCUAAAGGCCCAGUUAUACCGGCCAGUCAGAAUCGUUAUAGCAAACGUAGGAUACAGCGGUCUGUCAAGCUAAGAGAUUAUAAACUGAUUGGGGAUGAAGAGGACAAUGGCUUGAAAAAAAGGAAUGAUAGGAGAAGAAAACGUUCAGGUUCUGAAGUUGAGUGCAAAGACUGUGGGAAACUAUUUAAAUAUAACCAUUUUUUAGCUAUUCAUCGAAGAAGUCAUACAGGGGAGCGUCCAUUUAAGUGCAGUGAAUGUGGUAAAGGCUUUUCCCAGAAACACUCUCUCCAAGUUCAUGAGCGGAUGCAUACUGGAGAACGGCCAUAUACUUGUACUGUUUGCAAUAAGGCUUUAACGACAAAACAUUCACUGCUGGAACACAUGAGCCUUCAUACAGGUCAGAAGGCAUUUACCUGUGAUCAGUGUGGAAAAUACUUCAGCCAGAAGAGACAACUUAAGAGUCAUUACAGAGUUCACACAGGCCAUUCAUUGCCAGAAUGUAACCUGUGUCAUCGUAAAUUCAUGGAUGCAGCUCAGUUAAAGAAACACUUAAGAACACAUACAGGUGAAAAGCCAUUUACAUGUGAAAUUUGUGGCAAGUCCUUCACAGCCAAAAGCUCUCUUCAGACUCACAUCAGAAUCCACAGAGGAGAAAAACCGUACACAUGCAGCAUUUGUGGAAAAUCCUUUUCUGAUUCCAGUGCCAAGAGGAGACACUGUAUCUUGCACACUGGCAAAAAGCCUUUCUCUUGCUCAGAGUGCAACGUGCAGUUUGCACGCUUAGACAAUCUGAAGUCACAUUUAAAGAUUCACAUCAAAGAAAAACAGUUACAAGAAGCAAACAGUGCUCCAAACAGCAGCAGCACGGACGAAGUCAGGAGCAUUCUUCAGCUACAGCAAUAUCAACUUUCUACCUCUGGAGCACAAGAGAUCCAGCUGCUGGUUACAGAUUCCGUGCACAAUAUAAACUUUGUGCCCAGCCAUAGUGAAGGUAUUAGCGUUGUCACUGCAGAUGGUACCCAAAAUGUGAUGGCAGACCAUGCAGGCAGUCUUACCCUUCUCACUCAGCCAUCUCAGCAGCUGCAGAACUUGCUUCUUUCAGCCCAGCCAGAGCCAACAGACCAGAUUCAGAAUAUCAAUGUUGUGAGCAACCAAAUGGAGCCUCCACAGGCUGAGCAAAUGCAUGUCAUCACACUCUCUAAAGAAGCCCUAGAACAUCUCCAUGCCAACCAGCAUCCAGCAGAAGUGCUCCAGAUAGCCACAGGAACAUCUCAUCAAGGCCAACACCUGCAGGUGGCCCAAGAACCUAGCCAGGACUUUCGCAUUAGCCAAGCUACAGUCCUACCUCCUCAAAUUAGCAAAGGACAAACCCAAACUGUACAUGUCUCUGAAUCGCCUCAACAGUCUCUGACUAUAGACCAGUCAACUGGUGACCAUCAUAUUGAGAGGCAGACUUUUUGA